AUGAGUGGCGGCUGGAAUACGAUCGAGUCCGAUGCUGGUGUCUUCACCUACCUGCUCGACAACCUCGGCGUCAAAGAUGUACAGUUUGAAGAGCUUUUGACACUUGAGCCCGAUGCGCUCGCCUCCCUCUAUCCCGUGUACGGUGUUAUUUUCCUCUUCAAGUAUCCGACGGACCGACCAUACACUACGACAGAGAAGCCAUUGGAUGGCGAUUUCGACCACGAUGCUUCCGAGCGCCUAUUCUUCGCAGCUCAGACCAUUCAGAAUGCCUGCGGUACCCAAGCAUUGCUAUCCUGCCUGCUAAACAAGGAGGGCGAGGUGGAGAUUGGGUCAUCACUGAAGGACUUUAAGGAGUUUACCAUGAUGCUCCCACCCGAGUUCCGCGGUGAGGCACUGAGCAAUUCGGAGCUCAUUCGCGACGUGCACAACAGCUUCGCCAAGAGCAGCCCCUUUGUGGACGAGACGCAGCGUACCGGUGGCGAAACGGAGGACGCCUUCCACUUUGUCGCUUACACACCAAUCAAUGGCACACUGUACGAACUCGACGGCCUACAGCCCGCACCCAUCACACACGGUGCCUGCACAUCCGAUGAAUUCCCGACCAAAGUCAUGGAGGUGCUCCAGAAGCGGAUCAACCGCUACGACAUCACCGAAAUCCGCUUCAACCUCAUGGCUAUGGUCCGGGACCUGCGGAUAAAAGCACGUGAAAUUGGAGAUAUGGAUAUGCUGGAGAGGGAGGAGCGGAAACGAAGAGACUGGCAAUUCGAGAACGCCCUGCGACGACACAACUUUGUGGGCUUUGCAGGCGCUGUAAUGAAGGGUGUCGUGGAACAAAAGCUCAAGCAAGGAGGCGGUGCUUAUGAGAAAUGGGUCGAGGAUGCCAAGGAGACAACCAAGAAGCGUCUUGAAGGCAGACGGAGAGGCGGCGGCGAGGAUAUUGAGAUGGAGGGUUGA